AUGGGCAGCUUCACCGGCUUCUUGUUCGCCUACAUUUUCGGCGGCCUGACAUUCCUCCCUCUCGUCGUCGUCGCCGUCCUUGCACACGCCCACUACACCCUGCCCUACCGACAAGAUGUCGACGCUGACCGUCAUGAACCCAACGCCAUCGUCCAGCCUGACGACGACCUGGCCGGCCUCGAAGGGGCGAGGACGGCGCACAAGGCCAAGGCCGAGGCUGAGGAUGCUCCCAAGAGCCGCCCGACGCAGGACAACGAGGCAGCCUCUGGCUACUUUGCCGUGUGUCGAGAGUACACGCCCAUGGGCAUCAACGCCCGCCCCAUCGAGCGGGCCACCCCCGUCGGAUCCGCCACCGUGGCCGCCCCCAGCCAGAGCGUCUACCAGGCCAUGUAUCGCAGCAUCUUUGACAGGAAGCAAGGACCUGGACCGCUCGAGACCAAGGCCGCCGCGAACCAACGACCCAAGAAUGCCGGCAAUGUCUUCUACGUCGUGCUGAGGCACGGCCACAUCAUGUUGUUCGACGACGAGGAGCAGAUCGAAGUGCGCCAUGUCGUCUCGCUGGCCCACCAUACCAUCAGCAUAUACUCGGGAGGAGACGUCACGCCAGAGGGCGAGCUGUUCAUCAAGAGGAACGCUCUGUGCCUGUCACGUCGGAAGGAUGAUGUCGGAGCCGACGGCCAGUUAUCGAAGCCCUUCUAUCUCUUCUCCGAAGACGGCUCGGCCAAGGAGGACUUUUACUUUGCUCUCCUUCGACACCAGGAACAAUACUCCGAGAUGGACGUGGACAAGAAGGCCCCCAAGCCUCAGCAGUUUGACGUCAAGAACAUCAUCACCUUGGUACAAAAGCUGCAUUCUUCAGAAGACCACCAACAAACACGCUGGCUCAACGCCAUGAUUGGGCGUGUCUUCCUCGGCCUCUACAAGACGGCCGACUUGGAGCAUAUGAUACGCGAGAGGCUCACCAAGAAGAUAGCCCGAGUUAAACGACCCUCCUUCCUGACCAACAUAGUCAUUCGCAAAAUUGAUACGGGUGAUUCGGCGCCCGUGCUGCUGAAUCCGCGACACAAGGAUCUCAGCGUCGAGGGAGAAUGUGGCAUGGAGGCCGACGUGAAAUACAACGGCAACUUUCGCAUGGAAGUGGCUGCCACUGCUCGUCUCGACUUGGGCUCCCGCUUCAAGGUGCGCGAGGUCGAUCUCGUCCUGGCUGUCGUGCUACACAAGCUUGACGGCCACGUCUUCUUCAAGAUCAAGCCGCCGCCGAGCAACCGCGUCUGGUUCUCCUUUCAGACUAUGCCCAAGAUGGAGAUGACCAUUGAGCCCAUUGUCAGCUCAAGACAGAUCACGUACACCCUCAUUCUGCGGCAGAUUGAGCACCGCAUGAAGGAGGUCAUCGCCGAAACGCUCGUCCAACCAUAUUGGGACGAUGUCCCAUUUUUCAAUACGGAACAUAAAAAGUGGCGAGGAGGCAUCUGGCAAGGUGAUGACGCCGUUGUCGUCUCACAUAGUGUGGAGACAAACCUGGCACAAGAGGGAGAUGUGGACAAGGUCAAUCGUUUGGAAGAAACUGGCGAUGUUGACACGGCCGACCUGAAGCCUGUCGAGAAGAGCCACAGUGCUCCCCUAUCGGACAACGUGCCACCGACAGGCCUGCUCGGCCGUAAGCUGGCAGGAAAGACAUUGAGACCCUCGGCAGCUGGUGUGUCGACGGGCAUUGAGCCUAACAGUCCUACCAGCUCACGGCCCAAGACUUUGAGGUCCAACUCGAUGUCGAGCCCGUCAGACCCUAUCGUCGGCACCGACACAGCCCACGCUGAUGUGUUUAAGCCGUCGUCGCCGCCUUCUGAUAACGCCUCGGCCAUGAUGGCAGCCCUGUCGGCCCGUUCCAUGGGCUCAACGGGGCAGACACCCACAGCUUCACCAGCGCGUCCUGCAUCCUUGGCCAAGGACACCGACCCCUCGUCCCCGUCUUCACGCGAGGACACCGACAACGAGAAAGAGACAGAGAAGACGCCUGUGGCAGCUGGUCGUCGUAGCACCGCCUCCUCUUUGGAGUCUGCGCCUGCCGAUGACCCCAACAGCUCAGCUGCAUCUUUCGCGUCUUCGCUCAAGGGAUCCGUGAAGAGCAAUGCUGGGUCUCUCAGGAGCAACGCCGGCUCAUUGCGGAGCAACCCUGGCUCCCUGACAGGCCUCUUCCGCCGCGAUACUGCGUCGGAUACCGCAAACAGCAGCUCUCAGGGCGAAGAACAACAUCAGAAGCGGGUCACGCUCGCCGCCGUCGCGAACGCGGCCACACAGGCAAGGCAAUGGGGCUGGAACGCGAUACAAAGGCACAAAGAUGCAAGGAAUGGCAUCUCAGGGGAAGCGGAGCCCCCGUUAGAUCUCAACAAACCAAUGGGUCGGGGCAGGCCGCUGCCGCCGCCCGGGACCCCGCUCCCUCCUCCUGACAGGACGCAAAAGGUGACCCCGAUACCCGUGCCGUCGAAACGAAAACCGGAGCCCGCACCAUCACUGCCCGAUCGCCCGCAUUCAGAUGACAGCAUCAACAGCGCGGGCGAACGGAAACCUCCCAUGCCGUCGCGAAGACACAGAGAGAUACGAGAGGAGACGGGCAACAAUGACCUAUUCGUCGUCGCGGCGCCGAUGGAGUCAGAACCCUCCACCCCCUUGAACGAGGAGAUGACAGACUACACCAGUCGUGCGCCAGCUUGGGAAGCAGGGGUACAGGAAACAGCAUCUUCCUUGGGCAAACCACGCAUGGCACCAGACGAAGACGACCACGCUACGCCGAUGGUGAAGCAGAGAUCAACCGCUGGAUUGACCCAUUCGGCCAGCCGCAAGGCCAACAGUCCUAUUGAGGCGCGGCCGGCUCAAGUACUACUAGAUGAUGACGAUGACUUUUCCGGAUGGCUGGACAAUACCGAGGAGGAAGGCGGCGAACCCGAGGCGCCGCUUGCUGAAACGAAACGAGAUCUAACUGCACCGGCGGUGCCGGCUGAGUUGAGGAGUUAA